AUGCCUUGGCCCAGCCGGCGUGAUGGCAUCACAUGCUUGCUGCAUAGUUGGCUUAUCCUUCGCACCGCAGCAGAGAGUACGCCUCCGACGCGCACUGAGCAGUUCGAGGCCCUUGGCAACGAAGUGACGCUAGGCAAUUGGUCUGAACCGACCAGAAACUAUACAGCUAAUGGACGGAAGGCCAGACGCGCCAUGGCAGCGACGAUGGAUGCAAUCACUGGAACUGUGGAUGAGACCGCUGGCCUGGUGCGGGGCGUGGGUGACACUACUGCCGCCACUCUGGGCGCGACGUUGCGACUGACUGGAGGCCUCACGAGAGGUCUCGGCCAAGCCGUGCAGACGUUUGGGGAGACGCAGGUCAUCAAGCAUGGCCCACUAGCGGCUCCGUCACGGGUUUUUGCAGGCGUCUACAGGAUAGCCGGGGCUGUGCUCACUGGAGCCGGCAACGCGACGAUCGGUUUGGGUGGCACUGUUGAGGGCAUCACGGCAGAGGCGGCGAAGGUGGCAGAGGACAGCGUGAAGGUGCUCAGUGAGCCCACAAGGAGCUUAGGCGCUGCUCUUCGAGGUCAAAGCCGGCAGCCGCUGCCCAAAGAAGACGAGAAAGCUGCGACCGACUCGCUUCCUUCAGCUAGCAGCUACCUGGUGACGCGUCCCAGGCAGCGCCGCGUUGCGGAGCAAGUGGCACGUCGGCUUCUGCGAGAUGCAUUUGGAAGUCCAAGCGAAAGGACCGUGGCCUUGGCUCCGCCCCUGACCUUGGCCUUGAUGGUGGCCUGGAUGCUUGGCCGCUCGAGCCGAGCUCCGCGAGCUCCAAAUGGACUCGCCGAAGCUUCAGGGUCUUACGCUGAGCACUUUCACUUGGAGCCGCUCAUGCCCGAGAACGGCGACAGCCGGCAAGUGUCGGAAGAACCUCAGGUCAGAUCCCGCCGCGCCAAAUUUGUUCGGCAGCUGCGGCGGCUGAGGUGUCGAAGGUGUCGGCCUGGCGUUUGGCUGCACUGCGCUGGCUUGGCGAUGUUGCUGACGGUCGUGCUGAGUGUGGAUCAGGAACAGCAGCGCCGAGCACGCAUUGUCGAGCAAGGCCUAGGGGUUUACAGCGGCGUCAGCGACGAAGAGGAAAGCAUCCGCUGGCUAAACAUGGUGUUUGGAGCCGUGUGGACACCCGUCAUGAAGAGCGUCAGUGGACUUGGUGCCGAACUGGCAGCAAUGUUCACUUUCCAGAUGACCCCUGACGAAGAUGAUGCGCUUAGCAUUGCCUUCGAGAACGUCACCUUCGGCCUGAAUCCGCCCGUGCUGGACGCAGUCCGCAAGCCACGGGAGACCGCGGAGCAGGCGCUACGCAAGGCGAUGGAGCUGGCGCGUGACAAUCGACAGCGAGGAAGCCUCAGACCGCAAGUGGUAAUGCUGGAGGCAGAUCUCCUUUGGGUCGCCGAUCGUGAGUUUGAGGUGCUCGUCAAGGCAAGCGCAAGAUCGGCUGUUCGAAGCUCGCUGUCGCUGUUCCCCCAACUCCGAGUACGCCUAGGAGAUUUCGUCUUCGGGCCUGUUCCGAUUGCCGUCGCCAUGGAGGCUGCUCCCCAGGGGUACCCGUAUGUGGGCUUUGUGGCACUGACCUUCCUCUCUGAACCGGACGUAGCUUUCUCCAUUACGCCAGAGAAUAUACUUGGAGGUGCGGUGUCUGCACUGCCUUUGCUUCGGGAAGCGCUCAGAGCGGGAUUAGUUUCGUCCUUGCCACUCCUCACGGAUGACCAGGUCUUGGUGUAUGACCUCGGCGAGUACCUCGCCCCAGGGCUAUUCCCACGGCCAAUUCCCAUUGAGCAAGCGGACGUGGAGAAGCCUGGCAGCCAGUCUACGCAGUGGCUGUUCAAGCCGCGGCUGCCCAAUUGGUUGCGCCGCAGGGACACCAAGAACAAGUGA